AUGAGUAUCUUAAGCAAAGUUCUAUUUGGUGUCGGUAUCAUUCAAUUAUUGCAUGCCGGGUUCUCCAGUUAUGAAUUCCAUCAACUAUUAAAAAGUUCUACAAAUAUUAAUGAAAGUUCAAAUGAACAAAAGCUUUAUCAAUUACCAAAUGAUAUUAAACUGGAAGUUUUCAUAAGUUUGGCUAUAUUAACGGUAAGCAUAUUUCUAUCAUUCAAUAAAUUGAAAUAUUACCCAAUCAAUAAUAAGAACGAUGAAAUUAUAACUGAAGGGGAGUAUUUAAGUAACAUUCAAAUGAGUAAAGCCAGCAAUGUGGAUAACUUAGUUGGUAGUGAUCCUACCGGUUAUAUCACAUAUCUACCAAAUAUGGUUGAUAUUCAAGCCAAACGAAAGGAAGUAGCUGAAUAUCUGAAGACCAUCUAG